UAGAACUUGUAUCCUGAAACUAUGAACACCUUUAAUAUUAUAUCGUCACUGUUGUAAAUAUGGAAUACAGUGCCUUACCAAACGCUUAGUCUGCAGGGUGGGUCACCCGACAGAAAAAUAAAAGGCCUAAUGAAUACAAAGAAGGAUAAAACAAAGGAGAGUAAAAAAGACAAAGAAAAAGGAAGAAUAACCAAGGAGAAUAUUGGCCUUCCACAAACCUUUCUACAUGUCGACCAUACAGGGUGGAGCACGAAUUCAUGGAUUGAUGUCGAAUCCCCAAAGACUGUCCGAAGAAGAAAAGCAGAUUAUGAGAUCAACACCAAGGACCCGGCAGUCAAAGCCUGGUUUGCGUCCAAUAAUAUAACAGAAGCCGAUUUGAAAAAUCCAAGCAAAGCCGUAAAUGACUUAAUCAAGCAACAUGGCGGUAUGGCUGCCAUCAAGAAGAAAGCUGAAGAGUUUUUCCCAGUGGAAAUAUUGGCACGUGGUGCUGAAGCGUUAAAUGCUUUUAAUGAAGCUCUAGAGGAGGGAGAAACAGAUGUUAAUCAAGCUAGAACCAUUUUCAUUGGUCUAGAAAGAGUGGGAAAAACGUCUACCAUCAAUUCAUUUUUGGGAAAAGACCUUAAUAAAGACGAGAAAAUUACAGACGCCAUGGUGACAAAAAAGUUGAUGUGCACUCAAGAUGCAAUAUGGAAGGAAAAAUCACAUGACCUUUCUGGUAUAUAUGAUGACGCUCUUGUAGACGAAGUUACAAAACGGGUUUUAAAGAUUUCAGAUGAAGCUACUUCAGUGCCAUCAGUGACGCAACAGCGGAUGGAGAAACAAAUGAUAGCAGCUGACAAAAUGACAGUUGGAGACAAUCAAGCAUCUGAAAUUCCUAGAUGUAAAGAAAGCGGACCAGACGCAGAAAGAAAAAUGGGAAAGCAACAGGAAAAGCUUCCAGAAAACAUCGUCCGUAAAGUUGCGAAAAAUAUUAAUGACAUCAAGUUCACAAGAAAAGCAACAAGUGGAUGGCAAAAGACUGGCAAAGACUUCAUUAUAAAUAUCUGGGACUUUGGAGGCCAGCCGAUAUAUCACGUGAUACAACGAAUAUUCCUGGUGUCUUUUUCCAUUGUAUGUGUGGUGUUCAACCUCGAAGAUGAUCUUGACGCCCACGCCCAAGUUAGAGAUCCAACAACAGGUAAAAUUUACCAACAUCGAAUGACAAACCUCCAGUUCAUUCUUUACUGAAUUCGGUCAGUAUAUACGAAUAGUAGAGAACUAGAAUUGGAUAACGGACAGCUUUCUCCACCAGUGUUAUUGAUAGGUACGCACCUAAACAGCCUUAGAGGAAAUGAAGAAGAAAGAAA